AUGGCAGGAGGUGGAGGUUCAGCAAAGGCAGAUGAACCAGCGCCACACCCACCAAAAGAUCAGCUCCCAAAUGUUUCUUACUGCAUUACAAGCCCUCCUCCAUGGCCUGAAGCUAUCCUUCUUGGAUUUCAACACUAUCUCGUGAUGCUGGGAACCACCGUCAUAAUACCCACUGCCCUCGUUCCUCAAAUGGGGGGAGGAAAUGAGGAGAAAGCUAAGGUUAUUCAGACUCUGUUGUUUGUUGCUGGUUUGAACACCCUUUUGCAGACAUGGUUUGGAACAAGAUUGCCUGCCGUCAUUGGGGGUUCAUACACAUUUGUUGCACCCACAAUUUCAAUUAUCUUGUCCGGUAGAUGGAGUGAUCCGGAUCCCACAUCGAGGUUCAAGAAGAUCAUGAGGGCCAGCCAAGGUGCACUUAUCGUGGCAUCAACCAUUCAAAUUGUGCUCGGUUUUAGUGGCUUGUGGCGUAAUGUUGCAAGAUUUCUGAGUCCACUUUCAGCUGUUCCAUUGGUUGCUCUUGCUGGUUUUGGGCUUUAUGAGUUCGGUUUUCCUGGGGUUGCCAAAUGCAUUGAAAUUGGGUUGCCACAGCUUAUCCUCCUGGUUUUGUUCUCUCAGUAUUUGGCUCACCUGAUACGUCCCGGGAAGAAUAUCUUUGACCGUUUUGCUGUUAUAUUUACUGUUGUGAUCGUGUGGAUUUACGCCCAUCUACUUACUGUUGGUGGGGCCUACAACGGAAAGCCUCCAAAGACUCAGACAAGCUGUAGAACUGAUCGUUCAGGUCUUAUUAGUGCCGCUCCAUGGAUUAGAGUACCUUACCCUUUUCAGUGGGGUGCUCCCUCUUUCGAUGCUGGUGAAGCCUUUGCCAUGAUGAUGGCUGCAUUUGUCUCUCUUAUUGAGUCAACUGGUGGCUUUAUUGCUGUGUCCCGAUAUGCUAGUGCAACCCCAUUGCCCCCAUCUAUUCUGAGCCGUGGUAUAGGCUGGCAGGGUAUUGCUAUCCUUUUGUCGGGUUUGUUCGGGACAGCUAAUGGAUCAUCCGUAUCCAUUGAAAAUGCUGGCCUUUUGGCACUGACCCGUGUUGGCAGUCGAAGAGUCGUGCAAAUAUCUGCCGGAUUCAUGCUUUUCUUUUCUGUUCUCGGGAAAUUCGGUGCUGUCUUUGCUUCAAUUCCAGCACCGAUUUUUGGCGCUUUGUAUUGCCUCUUCUUUGCAUAUGUUGGUGCUUCGGGCUUGAGUUUUCUUCAAUUCUGCAACCUGAACAGCUUCCGAACCAAGUUCAUAUUGGGCUUUUCGAUUUUCUUGGGCUUGUCCGUGCCCCAAUACUUCAACGAGUACACAGCUAUUCAAGGAUAUGGGCCUGUCCACACGUCCGGCAGAUGGUUUAACGACAUCAUCAACGUCCCGUUUUCAUCGGAGGCUUUUGUUGCGGCUAUAGUGGCAUUUUUCUUGGACAACACAAUGCACAAAAAGGAUGGUCAGAUAAGGAAAGAUAGGGGCAAGCACUGGUGGGAUAAGUUUCGCUCGUUCAAAACUGACACGAGGAGUGAGGAAUUCUACUCUCUUCCCUUUAAUCUCAACAAAUAUUUCCCUUCCGUGUAA